GUGAUGAUGAUGAUGAAUACAUUGCAAAGUUUCUUAGUCCUGGCGAGGGUGUCAGAUUGAGUGCUCUGUGCGCAUGUGCAAAGGUGUCCGAACUGACAAUGCUUCUGAGAUGAAGAUAGUGUGUUCCUUGCUUCUGGGCUCAAGGAGGAGAAGAGGAAUCCACAAGCCGACAAGAUGAGAUCCAAGGCGAGGGCGAGGAAACUGGCCAAAAGUGACAGUGACCUUGUCAAUAAUAUGUAUGAGCCUGACCCGGAUCUCCUUGGCGGUGACAGCGCAGAAGAAGAGACGGAGGACAGUAUUAUGUCACCCAUCCCCGUUGGACCUCCUUCACCUUUCCCCACCAGCGAAGACUACACCCCAAAGGAAGGUUCCCCAUACGAGGCCCCCGUCUACAUUCCUGACGACAUUCCAAUCCCAUCGGACUUUGAGCUCAGAGAGUCCUCUGUACCUGGGGCUGGCUUGGGCAUUUGGGCCAAGAAAAAAUUGGAUAUCGGGGAAAGGUUAGGACCUUAUAUCAUGACACAGAAGACCACAUUAAAGGAGACCAACCUAGGGUGGGAACAAAUUUUGCCAGAGUCCGAAGUGACGUCACAAGGUGGCUGCCUUCGAAAGGCAUCGGAAGAUUUGGGGGAUGACAAAAUGUGCACGGAAAAUAAUCAGUCGGGAUCUGGAAAUUGGCUGAGAUUCAUCCGAAUGGCUUGCUCCUCCGAGGAACAAAAUUUGGCUGUUUGUCAUUUGAAUGACCAGCUUUUUUAUAACGUUAUCAAAGAUAUUGAGCCCGGAGAAGAAUUGCUGGUUUAUAUGAAGGAGGGGAAUUUUUCCCUUGGAAGCAUGCCACCAAAUCUAGAGGAGGAACACACAUUUCGCUGUGAAGACUGUGACGAACUUUUCCAGUCCAAACUAGAUUUGAGGCGGCACCAGAAGUAUGCCUGCAACACGGUGAACCACAUCUACGAGUCUCUGAGCGAGGAGAUCAAGCAAGAGGGUUUCGAUAAUGAACAAGUACACGAGUGCAAAGACUGUGAGCGCCUCUUUCCUAACAAAUACAGCUUGGAACAGCAUAUGAUAAUUCAUACAGAAGAGCGGGAGUACAAAUGUGACCAGUGCCCUAAGGCCUUCAACUGGAAAUCCAACCUGAUUCGCCAUCAGAUGUCACAUGACAGCGGCAAGCGGUUUGAGUGUGAGAACUGCGUAAAGGUAUUCACUGACCCCAGCAACCUCCAACGGCAUAUCCGGUCCCAGCACGUCGGAGCCAGAGCACACGCCUGUCCUGACUGCGGCAAAACCUUUGCCACCUCGUCAGGUCUCAAGCAGCACAAGCACAUUCAUAGCACUGUCAAACCUUUCAUAUGUGAGGUCUGCCACAAAUCGUACACACAGUUCUCCAACCUGUGUCGCCAUAAACGAAUGCAUGCCGACUGCCGUACGCAGAUUAAAUGCAAGGACUGUGGACAGAUGUUUAGCACUACCUCCUCCCUGAACAAGCACCGACGCUUUUGUGAAGGCAAAAACCAUUACAACCCCAGUGGAAUAUUUGCCCCUGGUAUGCCCCUGACACCAAGUUCUUUGAUGGACAAGUCUAAACCUUCUCCGAAUAUGAAUCAUUCUAGCCUUGCUUUCAAUGACUACUUUUCUUCUAGGGCACAUCCAGGUGGUUUGCCAUUUUCUCCCGCUCCUCAUCCUUUUCCAGCAUUGGGCCCUGGAUUCCCAGGAAUUUUUCCUCCAUCGCUGUACCCCCGACCACCUUUAUUACCUCCUUCUCCACUACUAAAAGGCCCUUUGAACCAUACUCGAGAAGCCAAGCUUCCUAGCCCAAUGGGAAAUCCUCAGCUCUCACUUUUGACCUCUCUGAACAGCAGCAAUAGCAAUCAGCAGCUUUCAUUGGAGGAAAAGUUUGAGAACAGUAUGGAAAACUCAUACAUGGGAAAACAUAAAUCUAGGAGCAGUGACCUGUCAGAUGGAAGUGACUUUGAGGACGUCAACACCACCUCCGGGACAGAUUUGGAUACCACCACUGGUACUGGAUCUGAUUUAGAUAGUGAUGUUGACAGUGAAAGAGACAAAAACAAAGACAAAAACAAAUCUGUAGAAAGCAAGCAAGACAUUGUCAGUAGUUCUGUCUCCAGUAGUUCCAAUAAUGUUGGCGAAAGGUCAUUUUUCUAUUCUCAACAUUCCUUUUUUCCUCCGCCAGAAGAGCAGCUGCUUCCAUCAAUGGGGGCAGCCAAUGACUCUAUUAAAGCUAUUGCCUCUAUAGCAGAGAAAUACUUUGGACCUGGAUUUAUGGGCAUGCAAGAAAAGAAAAUAGGUUCCCUCCCCUAUCAUUCCAUGUUUCCCUUUCAGUUUCUACCCAAUUUUCCCCAUUCUUUAUAUCCAACUUUCUCAGAACGGACAGUAAAUCACAACUUGGUCAUGAAGGCCGAACCAAAGUCUCCUAGGGACCUUCAGAAAGUUGUCAGCACGAGCUCCGAGUCACCCUUUGAUCUCACCACCAAACCAAAAGAGAUUAAGUCAGCCUUAAUUCCACCUAAGGUUUCGGUGUCCCAGGCUUCCGGAGAGGAGCAACCCUUGGACCUCAGUAUUGGUAACAGGAGUAGAGCCAGUCAGAACGGGGCUAGGGAAUCUAGAAAAAACCAUAUCUAUGGUGAAAGGAAAAUGGUGUCCAAUGACAUGCUUUCAAAAAUUCCUCCGCCUCCUCUUCCGCAGCAGCCACCUCUUCACUACGCAAAACCUUCUCCAUUCUUCAUGGACCCCAUUUACAGCAGGGUGGAAAAGCGGAAGGUGACAGACCCUGUGGGGGCACUAAAGGACAAGUACUUACGACCAUCCCCUCUACUCUUUCACCCCCAGAUGUCAGCCAUCGAGACCAUGACGGAAAAGCUGGAAAGUUUUGCCAACAUGAAGGCUGACACCGGAAGCUCCUUACAGCCCCUCCCGCACCAUCCUUUCAACUUUCGCUCCCCGCCCCCAACGCUUUCAGAUUCAAUCUUACGGAAAGGAAAAGAACGUUAUACUUGCAGGUACUGCGGUAAAAUCUUCCCACGAUCAGCAAAUCUGACAAGACAUCUCAGGACCCACACAGGGGAACAACCCUACAGAUGUAAAUAUUGUGACCGGUCUUUUAGCAUCUCCUCUAACCUUCAGCGGCAUGUACGGAACAUACACAACAAAGAGAAACCGUUCAAAUGCCACUUGUGUAAUAGAUGUUUCGGCCAGCAGACCAACCUGGAUCGACACCUCAAAAAACAUGAACAUGAAAAUGUUCCAGUGAGUCAGCACUCGGGAGUUAUGGGAAACCACCACGGAAACAGCGCCUCCUCCCCCAAUUCAGAAUCUGAAAACCAUGCACUUCUAGACGAGAAAGAAGAUUCCUAUUUCUCGGAAAUCCGAAACUUUAUUGCAAAUAGCGAUUUAAACCAAGCUUCAAGUCUAGCAGAAAAAAGAACAGAAAUUCAAGACAUCGAUAGCAGUUCCAAGUGUUGUGGCCUAGUCAACCAGAAACCAGAAGAUGUAGAUGAGGAUGAGGAAGAUGAGUUAGAAGAAGACUAUGAAGAUGGAAGUCUAACAGGGAAGUCACAAGAUGAAACGGUUUCCCCCUCAAUGGAGACCCAGGAAGUAUAUGAGGAGGAUGAGGAAGAUGAAGAACCCACAUCCCUUAAUAUGAGCUUUGAUCACACAAGAAGGUGUAUUGAGGAGGAAGAUGCCCGUCUGUUAGAUGUGGAGCAAAUUCCGAAUUUUGGGAAGGGGCUGGACCUUCGAAAAGCAGCAGAGGAAGCAUUUGACGCAAAAGAUGUGUUUAAUUCCACCUUAGACUCUGAGGCAUUAAAAGAAUCACUGUACAGGCAGGCAAAAACCCAGGCUUAUGCAAUGAUGUUAUCACUUUCUGAAAAUGCUUCACUUCAUACUUCUUCCCACAAUUCCCUGGACGCUUGGUUAAACAUGGCAGGAGCAGCAUCAGAAUCUGGGACUUUUAACCCUAUGAACCAUUUGUAA